AACCUUGUACAGGUGUUAUUGGCUACUGUGGAUAAAGAGUUUGCCCCCAACUGGAGUCUUCUUUUGUUAUGGGCCUCUUUGGCUAAUGCCAUACCUAUUACAUUCUGGACAAUAGCUCUCAUCUACAGUCAUCCAGAAAUCCUGGCCAAAAUUCGAGCAGAAAUGGCUUGUGUGCUUAUGGCUGACAGAGCAGUUUCAGAAACCAACUUUGUUCAGCUGUCAUAUCUGAAGCAGUGUGUACUUGAAGCUAUUCGCCUGCAUUCACCAGGUAUAAUUAGCCGUCGGGUAGUUCAAGAGGUCACAGUUCAGGGUUACACUAUUCCACCAGGUGAUCUGCUGAUGGUAUCACCAUACUGGGCACACAGGGACCCUGAAUCUUUUCCUGAACCUCAAAUUUUCAAGCCAGAAAGGUGGAGUGGAAUGGAAAAAAAUGUGUUUCCUGAAGAGUUCUUAGCAUUUGGAGGUGGCAGGUACCAGUGCCCUGGCAGAUGGUUUGCAUUGAUGGAGAUUCAUUUAUAUGUUGCAGUAUUUGUCAGCAUGUUUGAUUGUCAACUGCUGAAUGGAAUUCCGGAUGUGUGCACACUUCAUGUUGUCGGGACACAGCAACCAGUGCACCCAUGUCCAGUAUUGUUAGUGAACCGUCUGAGUCUGUAG